CGUGCUGGUGUUGGAAGGGAGCGGAGCGGGACGCAGCCCGUGCACGGCUUUUAAAGCGUACUGAUUUGGAAACGAGCAGCGUUAGCUAACCACCACACCGAGGAAAACAAAACAGAAUUUAAACUAGCCUAUUAUUAUUAUUAAUUUAAAAAAGUUCUCUUUGGAAAGGAUUUACGGAAUAAUGUGGGUUUACUGACACAACCGUGGGAUAGAUGUGUUUGUGUUGUUUUCGUCGCGUUUUUAUUUAGUCGCUGGGGACCUCUGCACUUCAACUCGGGAAGUCAGCGCUGACAUUCCCUCUCUCCUGCUCUCUUCCACCGCUUCUGCCGCAUGAGGAGGACAUGGCAACCGCUCUCGGUGGCCGAAGUGUGGGCGCGCGCGCCCCGAAUCCCAGGAAAGGGCGCAUUUUGGGAAUAAUCGACGCCAUUCAUGACGCAGUGGGACCCCCGAAACAGGCCGCGGCCGACCGGCGAGCUGUGGAAAAAACAUGGAAACUCAUGGACAAAGUGGUGAGGCUGUGUCAGAAUCCCAGGCUCCAGCUGAAAAACAGCCCUCCUUACAUCCUCGACAUCCUGCCGGACACGUACCAGCACCUGAGGAUGAUCCUGUGCAAGUACGAGGAGAACCAGAAACUGGCCCAGCUCAGCGAGAACGACUACUUUAAAGUCUAUAUCGACAGCCUGAUGAAGAAAUCGAAAAGGGCAAUCCGUCUCUUUAAAGAGGGCAAGGAGAGGAUGUACGAGGAGCAGUCCCAGGACAGACGAAACCUCACCAAGCUGUCCCUCAUCUUCAGCCACAUGCUGGCCGAGAUUAAGGCCAUCUUCCCCGAAGGCCAGUUUCAGGGAGACACCUUUCGCAUCACCAAGGCCGACGCAGCCGAGUUCUGGAGGAGGUUCUUCAGCGAAAAGACAAUAGUGCCAUGGAAAGUGUUUCGCCAGUGCCUUCACGAGAUGCAUCCCAUCAGCUCAGGCCUGGAGGCCAUGGCCCUCAAGUCCACCAUCGACCUCACCUGCAACGACUACAUCUCAGUCUUUGAGUUUGACAUUUUCACACGUCUGUUCCAGCCCUGGGGAUCAAUUCUGAGGAACUGGAACUUCUUGGCUGUGACUCACCCAGGCUACAUGGCGUUCCUGACAUACGACGAGGUGAAGGCGCGACUGCAAAAGUACAUCAACAAGCCGGGCAGUUACAUCUUUCGGCUGAGCUGCACGCGCCUGGGCCAGUGGGCCAUCGGCUAUGUCACUGGUGAUGGGAACAUCCUGCAGACCAUCCCCCACAACAAACCGCUCUUCCAGGCACUCAUCGAUGGCUGCCGGGAAGGCUUUUAUCUGUUUCCCGACGGCCGAAGUUAUAACCCGGACCUGACUGGCCUAUGUGAACCCACCCCACACGACCAUAUUAAAGUCACGCAGGAGCAGUACGAGCUGUACUGUGAGAUGGGCUCCACUUUUCAGCUGUGCAAAAUUUGCGCAGAGAAUGAUAAAGACGUGAAGAUCGAGCCAUGCGGCCACCUGAUGUGCACUUCCUGUCUCACGGCGUGGCAGGAGUCAGAUGGUCAGGGCUGUCCAUUCUGUCGCUGUGAGAUCAAGGGCACAGAGCCAAUUAUCGUGGACCCGUUUGACCCCAGGAACGAAGGCGCCAAGUGCUUCUUUCUGGAGCAGUUUAACUCGCCCAUGCUGGAUUUAGACGACGACGAUGACCGAGACGAUUCUUUAGUGAUGAACGGCCUGACCAAUAUCAGGAAGUGUACCGAGCUCCAGAACUCCCCCAUUAUGUCUCCCAGCUCUUCUCCUGUAAGCCAGCGCAGGAAACCUGUAGCCGACCAUACAGGUGUUCAGCAUCUGGGUCUGCCUCCAGUUCCACCCCGUCUUGACCUCAUCCAGAAGGGCGUGAUCCGCUCACCUGCCGCCAGCCCCACCGGCUCACCGAAGGGCUCACCAGGCGCGUCCAGGAAGCAGGACAAGCCGCUACCGGCUCCUCCACCUCCUCAGAGAGACCCUCCUCCACCACCUCCUCCUGAACGCCCUCCUCCCAUCCCUCCUGAGAGCAGAGCCGCUUGGCUGGCAGUGCCUUCCUCCUCCUCCGGGCUUCCCCGGGACUUGCCGCUGCCCUCAGAGGCCUGGAGCCCAAAAGAUACCAGUCACCUGUCAGAGAGCAGAGCAGGAGUGGAGCGCUCACCCAAACUUGCCCAUGUUGCUCCUGCUCACCUCAAUGGAAGACCCCUGAGCUGCGGUGCCAUCGGCUAUAGAUCAGAUACACACACGGACUGUAGUAAGCUCACUAAUGGCCUGCUAACCUCUGAGAGGUAUGAUGUUCCACCUCAACGCCAUUCCCCUCCUCCACCCUCCCUCACCAGCAUCAACAACCAGAGGUUUUCGAACCCAUUCAGCAGCAUGUGCUUGGAGAGAUCUCGGAUAACAGACAGGGUAGAGGAUGAGUAUCAGAUCCCCUCCUCUCACCCUGUGUGCAUCACACAGCCUCCUGUGUGCAUCUCUGUCCGCAUCCCUAACAGGGCUUCAGAGAACAUGCCCGAUCUGAGCUCAGAAGGGAAGAAGCAGAAAGCUCCAGAGCAUGGUGGGUUUGACUCGGGCUCGUCUGUUUCGGGUGUGGUUCCUGCCACGCACUGUCCCUUCCACAACAACCGGACUCCGGCAGACUACGACAUCCUUCUGCCCCCACAAGCCUUGCCAGCCGAAGAUCCGUUUAACACAGCACCUCCGUCACAGCCUCCUCCUCCACCCCCUGUUAGACACAGCUUCCCAGAUGCCUCCUCCUCCUCGUCUCCAUCCUGCCCCAGAGCUGCUCGGCCCUCUUCCGGACACUUCCAUCUCAGCUCAGAUGCUUUCCUGAACGAUCUGAGCAGUUCAGUCCCUCUGCCGCCUGUUCGGAGACAGACGGGGGAAAGUGCCAUCCGAAACUCGCAAGAGUACGACCAGCUGCCUCCUACAUCAUUGGCCGGAGAUUGUCUGCAGGCACCCGCGAGACCGCCUAAGCCCUUUCCUCGCAAGACCCCUCCAGAGAUCCUGCAUCGGAGACCCCCUGAGUACUCGCAUGAGAACGUGGAUGCCAAAAUCGCCAAGCUGAUGGGUGAGGGCUACUCGUUCGACGACGUCAAGAGGGCGCUGAUGAUCGCUCAGAAUAAAGUGGACGUAGCGCGCAACAUUUUGCGCGAGUUUGCCCUGGUGGCGCCGAGACUGAACCUGUAGCCAAAUGCCCUCCGUCCUCCGUCUGACUCGACACGGGCGCCAGAUGGGCAUCAUGCAGGGUGACUCCCCGACCGACCUGGCUCAGAUUACAGGCAUCCGGCAGAUUCUGGGACUUGAAGGGAAUGAGCGAGAGACAUGGGCAUGAUGCCCAGCCAGGCUCGGGAAGGAAAGUUAAAGGGGUCAAAACAUGGAACCUGUGAAAAAGCCUUGUGUUUACAGUGCUGUGCCGCGUGGUGGCUUAAUGCUACUGCUGCUGCUGCUCUCUGCUCAGUGCCACUCUGUUUAGCUCCGUUUAGUAGAGGAGCUGCAAAUCUGUUUAUACAGCUCAUUUUUUUGCUGCACACUGCUGCAUGUCCAAGUAGGACUGGAAUCGACUGAAUUAAAAUUGAAAUCAAAUUGAACUCUGUCCUGACUAUUGAUGUUGCCAGUUUGUUGCAGGCUGCUGUUGCCUCUCCUGCCAGCUGUGCUGUUGCUGCUGCAAGCCUUAGUCUAACAAACAAACACACACACACACACACACACACACACACACACACACACACACACACACACACACACACACACACAUACAUAUACAUACACACCUUUGUAGAUUUACAGUUCUGUCUUUUGCCCAAAUCAUCUUUUGUUUUCAUCAGUGGUGAUCAGCUGAAUCUUAAAUUGCACCCCAUGGUGUGUGUGUGUGUGUGUGUGUGUGUGUGUGUGUGUGUGUGUGUGUGUGUGUGUGUGUGUGUGUGUGUGUGUGUGUGUGUGUGUGUGUGUGUGUGUGUGUGUGUGUGUGUGUGUGUGUGUGUGUGUGUGUGUGUGUGUGUGUGUGUGUGUGUUGCUUUCAUGACUGCUCCCUCCCUCUGAGUGAAGAACUGUGAGAAAGACAACCUCUACUAGUGAGAACAAUAGAGUGCAUCCUUUUACACAGACACAUUAUCUCCUGUGUUGUCCAUUUCAUUCCACGAGAGACCGAGACGGAGAGAGGUAGAGAUGACUGCGAUGGAUUGUAGCUGACGCACCACAUCCUUUUAUUUAUAUUUACGAUCAGCUCAAAUCGAGGCCUGCAUAAAGAUGCACAUACACUGUAUGGUUUAUAAUGAUUUAUGAUGAGUUUAAAGAUGAAUCAUGCUUGCCUAAUAUGGAAUAUCGGUUUACUCUCAGCUUUGCCGGAGGAAGUGCGUCCGAACCUCCGUCCUCUGGCAGAAAACUUCUUUUUAGCCAUUGCCAACUCCUACGACGAGGAGGAGGAGGAGUCAGUCACUCAGUUGCCCACAGCAGAUUGACUUUUUUUUUUCCUUCUUGUAGUUUGAUUCAGCAGUACAUCUCUACCUAUGUCACUUCUCUUUCUCAAACAGAGAAGACGUUUUCACAGACCAACAUUGUAGGACUGAGCAUAAAACACUGGGGUAUAUCUGCUUUCUUCUGCCUCGGACAGUAGCAACAACGAGCUGCUAAAAAAUGAACCUGAUUGUAAAGGAUUGCCAAAACGUUGCCACGCCCAUGCAGAGCUGCAUUUUCCUAAAAUAAAGCACGGUUAGUUAUGCCUUAAAGGUGCCCUAGUUAUUGGCGUACCGUACAGGGUCCAAUUGCAGCAAUUCCUUUAUUAAGGCUUGAAUUUCAUUGUAACAUACUGUACAUCAGCACAUACUUUCUCUCUCGCUUUAACGUGCCACUUUUAUUUAUAUAUAUAUAUAUAUAUAUAUAUAUAUAUAUAUAUAUAUAUAAAUUUUCUCUUCAGCUGCCAAAUGUAAGGCCUCUGAAUGUAUUUCGUUCCUGUUGAGCUUCAUUUCCAGAGGAAGGCAUUUGAAUAAACGAGUGCAGUCCUGGGAGUAAAGCCUUGGGGUCAAAACCAGGACUGAUCAGCUAUAUGCAGCCAUGUCUCUGAGCUGCUCGCUUUGUUUAAUCACACGGAUCAUCAUUAAAGCAGCAUUCCCUUCAUGGUUGAACAGUUCUAUUGUGAAGGCUACUGUAUCAGGUAGCAGCCGUCGGCUCUAGUUGUCUGGCACCGAGAGAAAACGUUUCCUCUGGUUUUGACUUUCCAGACAUUUGUAAACAUCCAUGUUAUCAUUUCAAAAUAAGGAAGUCUGUUUCUUUUGGAUUUGGACAGAUGAGUUAGCAGUAACUAACGUAACACUCCCAUCUACCUUUUCAAACUAUCGAUCGAGACCUUUUAAAUGUUAAACCAGAUGAGUGAUUUCAUUAUUUUUUUAAUUAAUUUUUUUUUUUUUUGGGGUCAGAUUUGCUUCACACACUUUUCCACUUAAAGCUUUCGUUUUUGCACUGGUCUCUCUUCCCCCUGCUUCAGGUCUCAAGUCCUCAGCAGAGCGCACCCCUCUUUCCGACCCACACAAACAAAGUGGCCUUUGAAAGGAUUGCAGAGGGUGGGACAGUUUCUGUUUUUUUUUUGUUUGUUUGUUUGUUUGUUUGUUUUUUUAAAUGAUGACUUUUUUAAUGAUUUUUUUUCUCUCUCUCAGUGAAUAAUCCUUUGUGGAUCAUGUAAUGUGUGCAAUUUAUUUAUACUUUGUUAAAAAAAAAAAAAAUCCUGAGAUUAUUUUCAUUGUUCAGUAAUGAUGUUAACUUGCGAUCUGUUCUUGUGAAAAUGUUUUAUAAAAGCCAGUAUUAACAUUAA